CGUGGCUCGAGAAGGCUGUUCUUGUUAUCUGCGCCGAGUUUUCACCCGUCAAAGCCAAGUGCAGCAAACUGGAGUCUCUAACGAGAACAACCCCCAUCUAAUCCCGGAUCUUUGAUAAACGCAGUACAUUGUACUGUAAAGACUUGCAACGAAAUAGGACUUUUCUUUCCAAGCAGUAACAACAAGCGGGCAGGCAGUAAGGAUGGAGGAUUCAACUAACCCAAUGGCAGGAAUGGAUCAACAGCAGUUGUUGGCGGGUGCCGGUAACACGGGCUACGAGAACAACGUGUCGGCACCGGCACCGACACCCUGCUACGACGAUCUGUUCCCGGCACUGCCGGAGAGUGAGCCGCCGCGCUUUAACAGCACCUUGUCGCCGGCCACGCAGAACAUGCGCGUCGGCAGCUCGAUCGUAACGCAGGUGUUUAUCGUCGCGUCCGGCGAGCGCAAGUACGACUCGGAUAAGUUCGGCGAGGGCGAAUCGCUGCGCACGUGCCAAUCGAUCAUGAAGGAAACCAAUGCACACAUCGAGAUCUCGAGUGGCAAGGACCAGUCGCUGACGUUCCUGGUGACGGGUAAGGUGCAUGAGGUGCUCGAGGCGCGCCGCAAGAUACUGGUACACUUCCAGACGCAGGCGAACAAGACGAUCAAUAUCCCGCGCGAGCACCACCGCUGGAUUCUUGGCAAGAAGGGCGACCGUUUGCGCGAGCUGGAACGCACGACUGCGACCAAGAUCAAUGUGCCGCGCAUCAGCGACGAAUCGGACGCGAUCACCAUACUCGGCACGAAGGAGGGCAUUGAGAAGGCGGAACACGAGAUCCGUACGAUGUCGGACGAGCAGUCGCGCAAGGCGUUCGAGCGGUUCAACGUGCCGAAAAUCUAUCACCCGUUCAUACUUGGCGCGUACGGCGAGAAUCUGCAGAAGAUGUCGGAAGAAACGGGCGCCAAGAUUAACGUGCCGCCGCAGUCGGUGCAGAAGGACGAGAUCUUCAUCACGGGCGAGAAGGAGGGCGUACUGGCGGCGAAAGCACGCAUCGAAGCCAUCUACAAGGAGAUGGAGAAGAAGUGUACGUCCGUCGGAGUGGAGGUGGUACGAGCGCAGCACCGGUACGUGUAUGGACCGCGCGGUUCAACCAUCCAGGAGAUACUGCAGGCGACGGGUGUAUCGGUGGAGAUGCCGCCGAGCGAUUCGCCCAGCGAUACGAUAACGCUGCGCGGCCCCCAGGACAAGCUGGGCAAUGCGCUGAACGUGGUGUACCAGAAGGCGCACUCGAUCCGCACGGAGGUGCUCGAGUGUCCGCAGUGGAUCCACAAGUACAUCAUCGGUCGCGAAGGCGGUCAUAUCAAGGAGUUCUCCGUCCAGCAUCCGAACGUGCAUGUGGAGUUUAGCGAGGACAAGAUCAAGAUCGAUGGGCCCCCGGAACAGGUGCUGAUUGCGUCCGAAGAGCUGCAAAAGAUGGUGAACGAUCUGACCGGUCGUCUGCGACUGGCCGAGAUGGUGGUCGACCCGGUGCAUUGCAAGCACAUCAUCGGUAAGGCGGGCUCUAACAUCAAUCGCAUGAAGGAGGAAUAUGACGUGCAGAUCAACAUCGACGAAAAGGGAGCCAAACCGAUCCGUAUCGAGGGCCCGGUCGAAGGUGUGGCCAAGGCGCAACAGGAGUUGCUGGAAAAGAUUGCGAAAUGGGAAAACGAGAAGGAGGAAUCGAUCAUCAUCGAUCACCGCCUGUUCAAGACGAUCAUCGGUGCGAAGGGUGAGUCGAUUCGCGAGAUACGCGAGAAGCACAACCAGGUGCAGAUCGUUUUUCCGGGCCCGAAUGACAAGUCGGAUAUUGUUAAGAUCCGCGGCAUGAAGGAGGACGUCGACCGGUGUCACAAGUAUCUGACGCAGUACGUGAAGGAACUGCAGAAGAAUUCGUUCGUGCUGGAGGUGCCGGUAUUCAAGCAGUUCUUCAAGUACAUCGUUGGCAAGGGUGGCGCAAACAUUAAGAAGAUUCGCGACGAAACGCAGACAAAGAUCGAUUUGCCGUCUGAGAGUGACACAAACGAGGUGAUCGUGAUUACCGGCAAGCGCGAGAACGUGAACGAGGCGCGCGAUCGCAUCCAGAAGAUCCAGAACGAGAUGUCAAACAUUGUGUCGGAGGAGGUUACUAUUCCGGCCAAGUAUCAUUUAUCGCUGAUCGGAACCGGCGGCAUGCUGAUCAAUUCUAUCAUGGACGAAUGUGGCGGUGUGUCGAUUAAGUUCCCGAACUCGGAUGCGAAGAGCGACAAGGUGGUGAUCCGCGGCCCGAAGGAGGAUGUGGAGCGUGCCAAGCAGCAGCUGCUGGAGCUGGCCAGUGAGAAGGAGCUGUCUUCGUACUCGGUGCAGAUUCGCGCCAAGGCGCAGCAUCACAAGUAUCUGAUCGGAAAGAAUGGUGCUUCCAUUAAGAAGAUUCGUGACAAGACCGGUGCUCGGGUCAUCUUCCCAGGUGUUAACGAUCAGGACAACGAAGCAAUUACGAUCAUCGGCAAAAAGGAACAGGUAGAAGAGGCGAAGGCUGAGCUGGAAACCAUUAUCAAGAGCAUCGAUAACAUUGUCGAGGACGAAAUGAUCGUCCUUCCGAAGUAUCACAAGCACUUCAUCUCGAACCGUGGUAAGGUGCUGCACCGUAUCGAGGAGGAAUGCGGUGGCAUGUCGAUUUCUUUCCCGCGCAUGGACCGUGACGAUCGUAACGAUCGCGUGAAGCUAAAGGGCCCGAAGGACUGCAUCGAGCCGGCCAAGCAACGCAUCAUGGAGAUCGUGCAGGAGCUCGAAUCGAUGGUGACGAUCGAGUGCUACAUUCCUGCCCGCCACCAUCGCAUCAUCAUGCGCCGUGGUGGUUCGAAGGUGCAGGCCAUUACGUCCGAGUUUGGUGUCAACAUUAGAUUCCCGGAGCGUGGCACCACCAACAAUAUGGAACCGGCUCCGGCUGCGGUCGAUCCGGCACAGCAGCAGAACGGCAAUGGUGAUGCGUUGCCUGCUACUGAAAACGCGACAGACGCUGGUGCGGUUGUGAAUGGAGCCGGGGAACAGCAGCAAGCCGAACCGGUCCAGCGUGCCUCGGAUCUUGUUCGAAUCAGCGGCAACAAGGAGAAGUGCGAGCUGGCUAGGGAAGCACUGCUGGCGCUGGUUCCGCUGACCGAGGAGAUUAACGUGCCGUGCGAUUUGCAUCGUUCCCUGAUCGGACAGAAGGGCCGCGACGUAAAGGAACUGAUGAACACGUACGAUGUGCACAUCGAGAUGUCGCCGCAGGACAAGAAGCUCGACAUCAUCAAGGUGACGGGCACGAAGACGGCCAUCGCCGAGGCAAAGGAAGCGAUUGCCGAACGCAUCAAGCACCUGGAGGCGGACCGGAAGGAUCGCGAACUGCGCUCGUUCGAGGUCAAGCUGGAGGUGGAUCCCGUUUACCAUCAGAAGAUUAUUGGCCGGCGUGGCGUUGUCAUCAACAAGAUUCGCGCUAAUCACGACGUGCAGAUUACGUUCCCCAAGCAGGAUGAUCCCCAGAACAGCAUUAUCACUAUCCAGGGCUACGAAGAGAAGGCACUGGCUGCGCGGGACGAAAUCCUAGCUAUGGUGGACACGCUCAGCUCGGUCUACAAGGAGGAGAUCCAUUUGGACGAGCGCGUGCACCGACGCUUCAUCGGUUUCCGUGGCAAGCGGCUGCGCGAGAUUAAGGAGCAAUACGGUGUGGAUAUUACCUUCCCGCGCAUGGACGAUGCGGACAAGUCGCUGGUCACGCUGGCAGGCACCCCGGACAAUGUAGAGGCGUGUCGCGACUACCUGCUCAAUCUGGAGGAAGAGUUCCUGCAGGAUGUGUCUGCUGCCCCGACCCAGCCGACCUCCUUCUCGCAGAUCAUGGAAGAUACGAUGGCGAACCAGCAAACCAACAAGCAAGGCUUCGUUGUGAGUGGUGCACCAUGGGAGCGCAAGGCGGCGCCCAACACACAGUCGCUGGAGGACUUCCCUGACUUUGGCGGACUCGGCGGUGGCCCGGGUGGUCCGGCCGCGACCAGUGCCGACACCAACACGCAGACGCCAAUCAACUCCGCCUGGAAUGCCAAGCAUUAAGCGGAUCACGUGAGGUGAGGUGCCGAAUGUUUUUGUUCAUUUAAUUGCCCCCCUAACCUGUUCGCAAAAGGAUUUUCAACGCGUCAACCAACCGGUCCCGGCAAAGGAAACCCGACGAAAUCUUACAAAAGCAAUCAUUUAUUAGAAGAAAAAUUAUCUUUUAAGUAGUACAUCAACCGGCGGGACCAUAAGUCCCUCUUUCCCUCUCUCCCUGUCCAUCCCUCCGCUACUACCGCGAGCCCUCUCGGGGGAUCGCGCCAAAAUCCUAUGGAACUAUAGCGAUAUAGCAUCGUGGCACGUGUAGCAGAAGCUCAAUCGAUCGAUGGUCGGAGAAGAUGGGUUGUUAUAUCGAGGUUAACACGGAUGAGUAGAUACAGUGUGGUAGAAUUUAGUUACGAGCAAAAUUGCAACCCUGUCUGUGGACAAACGGGAACGAGAACGGUAUAGGGCGCAAAGCUGUGUAAUCCCGUAAAGGCACCUGGUGUUGCCGCAUUGCAAACACACAUAGGAACUCUGUAUCAUAACUUUCUAAGGUUCCCCCCUUCCCUCCUUAAUAAUAAAGACACAUAACACAACCAACCAACAAAACAUGUUUUGCUCAUCCCGAGACGCAAUAGUUUCGCGCCCCUGUGUCAGGUAUUCGCAUGCGUAAAUUCUUCAUAGCAGGGAUGAAAUAUGAAGUAUAAAGUAGGGAAGAAUGUUUGAGGUUUGAUCGUUUUUUUUUUGUUUGUUUUGCUUUACUGUUGCGAAUUGUCAAUUUUUCCUCCACUGCGCACGUUUAGGACGCGAGAAGACGGGGAAGAGCGCGAAAGAGAAACGAUAGAGAAUUAGUAGAUAAAACGUAUAUAGUAGUGGAACAAAAGAAAUCCCCUAUUUGCUACACCGACUUGCUCUUUCCUUGCUCCUGUAGCAGCAUUGUGUUACGUUUGUUAAUCUGUUUUCUGAUACGUGCGUGCGUGAACGUUUUUACAUGUACUUUCUUUCUAUCGCAAUUGUAACGUUUUGCAAUUUAUCUAUCCGGAUAAUGUGAAAACACUUGAGGUUAGGGUGUAAACAUAACAAAAAUUGUGUAAUGAAAAGAAAAAAGUGGUAUGACAGAGAGAUAUAUACACACAAUAUAUAUAUAAAAUAUAUAUAUAUACAUAUUUUGAUAAUCAAAUAUUAUUUUCACUAUCGUAUAAAGACACGGUCGGUGUGUGCGGCACGUAUUUGCGUCUGUGUAGGGUUUUGGUACGGUUACAAAUGUGUUGGCACCCUCCAUCGCGUUCCUCUCCGGCAGCCGCAUAUAUUUGGGAAACAGAGUGAAAUAGAGCUGAAAGACACCAAAACAAAAUGGCAAAAUGUGAAAACAAACAAACCCGGAACAAUGGUGGUAACAUAGAGCGGCAUGCAUAAGAAAAAGUAGAAAAAAAUGCCUAUAUAAACACAGACACACUUGCAAAAGAAAGAAUAAAACAAUAAUAACUGCGUAAACUGAGGGAACUAAACUCGUAAACGUGAAAGGAGUGAAAGCGAAACGUUGAAAAAUCUGCAAUUAGAUGAAAUGAAGGAGUGCCCCCGAAAGAGAACUAAUUAUACACUAUAUAUAUAUAUACAUAUUGAACCUUAUAGAGAUAAAAGAGGAGGGAAGCAAAAAUACUAAAUGAAGGAUAGGAGGAGGAUGAUCGUUAGGUCGGGUGCGCGAAAUCAUACGCGCGCGAUGGCCACUACUAGUAGUCAACGAAACGGAACAGGUUGGCUAAAUAAACAUGUAUAGGGAUGCGGAAGCAUAAAGAAAAGCUCGUAAACAUGGCAAUACAUAAAGAAGCAAAACGAAGUUUAUUUAGCAAAAAGCCUAAUCAGCCUCCAGCACGAACCACGAACCAUGCGUGGUGAGGCGCAUCAGAUCGCUUAAAGUGAACACGUUUACACGCCUAGUAGGAAGGAGGGGGCAGUAGGGACACCAAUACGCCCGCGCCCUUGGCCGUCGUCUGUUGAACCGGUGUCGAGUAAGUUUUUUGCACGGGACUCUGUAUGAAAGAUUCGCAGCUUUGUGAAGGACUGUACCAGGUCCCCUGUACUAAGAAGUGGAAGUAGAAAACACAAACACACACAAACACACUGGAUAGAAAGAUAGAACGCGGGGAUGCUGAUAUGCCCGCGGUAUCUAUGUGCAUAGAACACGAAGAACGAACUCUACAUUAGCUUCCUUUUACAAAUCAAUAAGCGAGAACGCAAAUUGAAACGAGCGAAUUACCCAAUACGCAACCGUUUGGGUCGCGUUGACAGCAUAAUUAUGAGGUGGGUUAACAUUAGUAUGCGCUAACAGCUAGAGCACAGCGCGAGAGUCGCAAAGAGAGUUGUGCGACGAUGAACCGGGGGAAAAGGAAAUCCUCGGCAGGCAAAAUGAAGCAGCAAUUGAAUUUGAAGCGCGCGGCGUGCUUGGUGCAACCGGAAGGGAAGCUAAUACCUAAUUUGUGGUAUAAUAAAACUUAUUACAUUUUCUGUAA